AGCUCUGCUGGCAGAGGAGGAACACAUGAGUGCAGUCAUCAAACUGCAACUUCAAGCAGAAGAAAGAGGAGUGGUGUCAAUCAAGGGUGUGAGUGCAAAUCGCUUUCUGGCUAUGAAGGAGGAUGGCAGAUUGCUGGCUUUGAAAUGUGCAACAGAAGAAUGUUUCUUUUUUGAGCGUUUGGAAUCUAAUAACUAUAACACUUACCGAUCGCGGAAAUACUCCGAUUGGUAUGUGGCACUGAAAAGAACUGGACAGUAUAAACCUGGACCAAAAACAGGACCUGGACAGAAAGCUAUCCUUUUUCUUCCCAUGUCUGCUAAAAGCUGA